GGUACGGUCACACUUCUCUCGAUGCGCUACUUGGGUGUAGAGAAAUUUCAACAACAGCCGAGGAAAUUGUACAAAUUAUCGCUUUUUCGCAUUGCCUGAGCCGUCUCGAGUUGCGGGCGUAAGCGUGCGCGAAAGCCGGAGCACCGAACGUCAAGGUCGCUUGGCGAGGGCCACAAUGCGGGGCGGAGUCCCAGCCACUGGUCCCAUCGAAUCGUCGAGUCCCCGAGAGGGCGUCUGAAAAAAUCAAUCGGGCUCCACUCCGCCGCGAAUGAGCAGGAUGAGCAGCAACAACAACGCCCCCGCAUCGGCUCCAGACACCGGCUCCACCAAUGCCAACGAUCCCAUCUCCGGUUCGCUGUCCGUGGACAGCAACCUGGUUAUCAUUCAGGACAUGAUUGAUCUCUCGGCCAACCAUCUGGAAGGCUUGCGAACGCAGUGCGCGAUCAGCUCCACGCUGACGCAACAGGAGAUUCGUUGCCUGGAGUCGAAGCUGGUGCGAUACUUCUCCGAGCUGCUGCUGGCGAAGAUGCGGCUAAACGAGCGCAUCCCGGCCAACGGACUUGUGCCCCACGCAACGGGCAACGAACUGAAGCAAUGGCUGCGCGUAGUGGGCCUUAGCCAGGGGACUCUUACAGCCUGCCUUGCUCGCCUGACCACUCUGGAGCAAAGCCUGCGUCUCAGCGACGAGGAGAUCCGUCAGCUCCUGGCUGACAGCCCUAGCCAGCGAGAGGAGGAGGAACUGCGACGUCUGACCAGGGCCAUGCAGAACUUAAGGAAGUGCAUGGAGUCGCUGGAGAGCGGCACUGCGGCCAGCAACAACGAUCCAGAGCAGUGGCACUGGGACUCCUGGGACAGGCCCAUCCACAUUCACCGCGGCAGUGUGGGAAACAUUGGACUGGGUCACAAUUCAACCGCCUCUCCGAGAACCCAUCAUCGCCAGCAUGGUGUCAAGGGAAAGAACUCCGCUCUGGCCAACUCCACCAGCUCCAAAAGUGGCCGUCAAUCGCCCUCAGCGACGGAAGAGCUGAACAGCACACAGGGUUCCCAGCUGACUUUAACCCUCACGCCCUCGCCACCCAAUUCGCCCUUCACGCCUUCCAGUGGGCUGAGCAGCAGCCUUAACGGAACACCGCAGAGGAGUCGUGGUACCCCGCCGCCAGCAAGAAAGCACCAGACCUUGCUGAGUCAGAGCCAGAGCCAUGUGCAAGUGGACGGGGAGCAAUUAGCCCGCAACCGUUUGCCCACUGAUCCCAGCCCCGAUAGCCACAGCUCCACCAGUUCGGACAUCUUUGUGGACGCAAAUACUAAUGCCAGCUCCGGAGGAAGUUCCUCAAACGUGCUUAUGGUGCCCUGCUCCCCGGGCGUGGGUCACGUGGGCAUGGGUCAUGCCAUCAAGCAUCGUUUCACCAAGGCCCUGGGCUUCAUGGCCACCUGCACACUCUGCCAGAAGCAGGUUUUCCAUCGCUGGAUGAAGUGCACCGACUGCAAAUACAUCUGCCACAAGUCAUGCGCCCCGCACGUGCCGCCCUCCUGCGGACUUCCACGAGAAUAUGUGGACGAGUUUCGGCACAUAAAGGAGCAGGGAGGAUACGCCAGUCUGCCGCAUGUGCACGGCGCGACGAAAGGAUCCCCUUUGGUGAAGAAGAGCACCCUGGGUAAGCCCUUGCAUCAGCAACACGGCGAUAGCAGUUCGCCGAGUUCCAGCUGCACUAGUUCCACACCCAGCAGCCCGGCACUGUUCCAGCAAAGGGAGCGCGAGCUGGAUCAGGCGGGCAGCAGCUCCAGCGCCAAUCUGUUACCUACGCCUUCGCUUGGCAAGCACCAGCCGAGUCAAUUCAACUUUCCCAACGUGACGGUGACGAGCAGCGGCGGAAGCGGUGGUGUAUCGCUCAUCUCCAAUGAACCAGUGGCAGAGCAAUUCCCCACGGCGCCUGUAACAGCCAAUGGAGGACUUGAUAGUCUGGUGAGCAGCUCCAACGGGCACAUGAGCUCGCUCAUCGGUAGCCAAACUUCAAACGCUUCUAGUGCGGCCACCUUGACGGGCAGUCUGGUCAACAGCACAACCACCACCAGCACCAGCAGUUUCUUUCCGCGCAAAUUGAGUACGGCCGGUGUGGAUAAGAGGACGCCGUUUACCAGCGAGUACACGGACACCCACAAGUCAAAUGACAGCGACAAGACAGUCUCCUUGUCUGGAAGUGCCAGCACGGACUCGGACCGGACACCCGUUCGGGUGGAUUCAACGGAAGACGGAGACUCGGGACAAUGGCGCCAGAACUCGAUCUCACUCAAGGAAUGGGACAUCCCGUAUGGUGAUCUGCUUCUGCUCGAGCGGAUAGGACAGGGACGCUUCGGCACCGUGCAUCGAGCCCUGUGGCACGGCGAUGUGGCGGUCAAGCUGCUCAAUGAGGACUAUCUGCAAGACGAACACAUGCUGGAGACGUUUCGCAGCGAGGUAGCCAACUUCAAGAACACUCGACACGAGAACCUGGUGCUGUUCAUGGGAGCCUGCAUGAACCCACCUUAUUUGGCCAUUGUGACUUCAUUGUGCAAGGGCAACACCUUGUAUACGUAUAUUCACCAGCGUCGGGAGAAGUUUGCCAUGAACCGGACUCUCCUCAUUGCCCAGCAGAUCGCCCAGGGCAUGGGCUACCUGCACGCGAGGGAGAUCAUCCACAAGGAUCUGCGCACCAAGAACAUCUUCAUCGAGAACGGCAAGGUGAUUAUCACGGACUUUGGGCUGUUCAGCUCCACCAAGCUGCUCUACUGUGAUAUGGGCCUAGGAGUGCCCCACAACUGGUUGUGCUACCUGGCGCCGGAGCUAAUCCGAGCAUUGCAGCCGGAGAAGCCGCGUGGAGAGUGUCUGGAGUUCACCCCGUACUCCGAUGUCUACUCUUUCGGCACCGUUUGGUACGAGCUAAUCUGCGGCGAGUUCACAUUCAAGGAUCAGCCGGCGGAAUCGAUCAUCUGGCAGGUUGGCCGUGGGAUGAAGCAGUCGCUGGCCAAUCUGCAGUCUGGACGGGAUGUCAAGGACUUGCUGAUGCUGUGCUGGACGUACGAGAAGGAGCACCGGCCGCAGUUCGCACGCCUGCUCUCCCUGCUGGAGCAUCUUCCCAAGAAGCGUCUGGCGCGGAGUCCCUCCCACCCCGUCAACCUCUCCCGUUCCGCCGAGUCCGUGUUCUGAGGGACCUGCAGCCUGGUCAGUGUCACUGUCUAGUACAAUUUCGAUCUACCAACUAAGCUAGCUCGCUUUGUGCCCUCUUCCACUCUUCACAAACUCUCUCCCAAGGCGAAGUUCGAUCGAGCCGAGCGCAGAUUGUAAAUACCUAAACGUAACUACCAAAUUAUAGCAAUCGAUUUUAAAAACUA